CUGCUACAUUUCUGCAUCUAUUGUGAAAUAAUUGACAACAGGAAGCAAACUUGACUCAAAAAUCUGUAUAGUUAUAAUGAAACUUCCUCUUUCAUGAGCCUUUCCUUAAUCUCUGUGCCCUCCCACUCCCUCUCUUCACCGUGAUCCUCUGGAAUACAGAUGGGAGGACAUUUAUCGGUAAUCGAAAGUGAAAGUGUUGGAUGAUGACUGAAGAGGCAGAGAGAGAGGAGCGGCAGAAGACAAAGGACAUCUCGGUAGUCAGGAUCACAGCAAACACAACGAGAUGCAGUGCCUCCAGGAUCAGGACGCUCUAAUCCCUCGGCCUCGCGGGACGUUGCCGAAGGUGUGUGCCGCGGCGCUGGCUGCCAACACAAUAGGAGUCGUAGUGUUCCUGUCUCCUGAAAGGUUAUUUGGAUGGGUUGCCGUGGUAAUUCUCAUCCUGACCCUUGGUCCCCUGCUACACGGGCUGUGUCUGCUAGCAGAGGAGAUGCUUCACCAUUCAAAUACGAGGUAUCGAGGCCGGGGGCUGCUGAGCCACGUACUGCCGGCCUGUGGUUUGGGGGGAAAGACCCUGCUGGCCGUGGCGCUGGCAGGCCUCAUGCUCUACCUGGCCGGAGAUCCUCUGUCACACAAAGGCCAAUGCUGGGAACUCCUCUUCCUGGCCUCGGCCCUUUACGCACUGUUGAAAAGCCUGGGAGUCCUGGGUCCGUCGGAGGUGGAGGUGUCAGAUAUCUGCGAGGGGAGGAAGAUGAACGUGGCCCACGGCCUGGCCUGGUCCUUCUAUAUUGGCUACCUGCGUCUGGUGCUGCCACGUUUGAAGGACUCCAUCGCAGCGUUUCGUGCCACCCAUCAGGCCAGCAGCUCCUUCUCGGGUCGUGGCUCCAGGAAGCUCCUCAUCCUCAUACCUCUCAACGCCAACAUUUCUCACAAGCUGGAGGACGGGGACGACAACAUCCAUUUCUACGACAACCUGCCCAACAAUGAGAUCGACAGGGCCGGAGUCCGGGGGCGGGUCUACAAGCACAGCGUCUACAGAGUAUUGGGCGAGCAUGGGAAGGGCCAUGAAUGUGUGGUGGAGUAUGCGACGCCCCUGCUGACGCUGUACAGCAUGUCCCAGGAGAGCAGCGCUGGUUUCGGGGAGCCGGAGCGCAGACAGCAGGUGCUGCUCUUCUACAGGACCCUGCAGGACAUCCUGGAGCACUCGCUGGAGUGUCGCAACCGCUACACACUCGUCCUGCUCAAUGAUGAGCACGAGGACGACCCUCACUUCCUGUCCAAAGCUAUCCUCAGACACCUGCAGCAGCAGGAGAGAGAGGAGUACUGCCUCACCCCACCCCCUCAACAGGAGAUGGUGCACCCGUUGUCGAAGGCCCCGCCAAGUGCUCCGCCUAUAAACGCCGUCUGGCACAGUCCUGAGCUAAUGAGCAGGGAGCCUACGCUCAUGUUCAGCCUGGAGGAACCUCAGCCUCUGAAGGAACCCAUUGAGGACACCGACGAUUAUCAAGAAGCCUCAUAAACACAUGUUUAGGAACAUAAAUACACACACACACACCUUUAUGCUAUAUUCUUAUUAUAAACUAAGCUGACACAUUAGCGAUUAAAAUAAUGUAGUCCACCU